GGGACUCCCCGGAGGCAUCUGAGGACCAACCUGCCAGCCUUUGCCUCAAAAACUGGCCCGAGGGUAUCAAGGGUUGGGCAAGUCGACCGCCUUUCCAGAAGGGCGCAGUGAAGCAUGGCUUCCUGCAGUUGGCCGCAGGAACUUCACUGUAUUGCCGCAGCCUGUCCACCCAUUAAAUUCACAUCCAGAGCUCUACCCAAAGUUCACCCAGUGAAAGUGUCACCAAGUCUGCCGCCCAUUUACACACCACAUUGGCCCCAGUGACAACUGAAAGUGCAUCGCAGACAAAAUCAAAGCCUAAGUUAGGAGGCGGCUGACAUGGUCAACAUAUUUAUCAAAGAAACCCCCUGGCUUUUGAAGAAUAGUACUUUAUACAUCUGGAUCUGCACAUCCAGGCAAAGCUCUGAAAUAUCCGUUUAUUCUUUUAACCACACGGAAGUGUCUAUUUUUGGAAGAACAAGGAAACAUAUAAAUGCCUGGGCUGCAUUCAUGCUGUAGUUCCAAACACCGAACAGUUAAGAAGAUUUUGCCGAAUUUUGCAAAGCAGCCAACAAACUGCCUUGGGAUCGUGGUGAUGCGACUGGGAAGACCUUUGCUCUCAUUUGGCAAUAUUUUGGAUAUCCUUGAAAAUGACACCAAAAUAUGCUUUAAUUUGACUAAGAAGAGGUUAAACAAUAUUGAUAUUCAUCCAAAGUGAUUUUUUUUUAAAAGCAGAUGCUUGGCUUUCAUGGAAAAAAAUGGGAGUUGUGGAAGAUUCAUUUAAACUACCAACCAAAAGCAUCACAGACCACUGAAAUAGUCUGCAUCAUACAUCAGCACUUUCUUUUCAUCGUUAUUACGUAAAACCUCUGGAAGCACCUUGGGCUGUUUACCUUUUCUUUUCUUUGCUACAGAAGCAAUCUGCUCCAUGGAAUUCUGACCUGUUGUGAACAGGACCCUGGCUAAGGCUGUGCUGGGGACUCUAGGACCAUCCUGCCUCCAAUCCAGCCUGCUUAAUUGUGAAAAGUGUACACAUUUCUGGCUUAUCUAUGCUUUGUUAUGGGUCUGACGUGAAACUACCUCCUCCCCACUCCACCCCCCAGCAGAGAACCAAAAUUCAGUUGAAUUGUUACAGUGUUUCGGAGCUGGAGCCUUGAACUGCUUCACUGGUCAAAUAACUUUGUUUCUGGUUGUAAAAAGGCAUUUUAGUCGGGGGGGCGGGGAGGGGGGGACAAGGAAAAUCGAGAGAAAUUCAAAACGUAAGUCUGUACUGGGAUGGUUCACCGCGCGGAUUUAACUUUGGAGCUCCCAGCCGGGCUCCUUCCCCACUCCCAUAAGGGAAAUACCAGGCUGUUCUGCACGUUUCGCUUAAGCUCCAUUUUCCAAAGGAAAAGGGGGGUGGGUUAUAUCUAUUUAGGCUUGAUAAUGUUUUAAAAAUGCUUUUCUUUGAAAUGAUAAUAGCUAUAGCGGUAAAAUGCAAAUAAAGCAAAAAAUAGGCAAUAUUCCUUUAAAGGCGAAUAUACAAGGCUUUUUUUUUUUUUUUUUAGCGUACACACACUGCUUCUGAUGAAGUCUGUGAGUCAGGCUGUUUCUGAGCUCCGAUAGUUUAAUGGAAAGAUUUAUAUACCGACUGUAUUAUUUACUUUGGGAGGGGAGGUGGCAGUAUAAGGGUAUGCUAAUUAGUGGGAGAUUUUGGGGGGAAGGGGUGGAAUAUCAAUUUUUAUUGCAUCACCUGUCAGGAGUGUCCAAUCAGCGCUGGCUUUAGGGGAAUUAAUUGAUGAAGGUGUCUCCGGACGAGCUCACUUCACUCUGUCAUUUUAUUUGUAGCUAAAGCAGCGGCGGGAAUAGCAGCUGCAUGUCUUUUCUCUUUCUCCUUCACAUUCCAUUAUCAUAGUGCUCCAAUGGAGAAGGAAGGAAUAGAGGGGCCCAGGUACUGAUCUGCAGCGGGGACUUAGACCAACACACUGGCAGAGCAGAAACCGGAUGGUUUUUUCCCUCUUUUUUAAAAAAACGAAAACCAAAAAAAAAGCAAGAAUCAAGUCAGUGUAAUUUCAUAGUUUUUUUUUUUUUUUCUUUUCCCCAAUAAUUUCGCCUCGAGUUUGGCACUCCCUUCGCCGGGAAUAACAGUCUUUGUUAUUUUAUUAGCAGGAUGCCUUGAGACACACGCAGCAUCUGGUGGAGGAUUAACAUACAUACAUGUGUAUGUAUGCGUCACGUAUAUAUUUACUGCAAAUGGUGGGGAUCGUUUAGUGCCCGACAUGGGAGACCUGAAGUCAGGUUUUGAAGAGGUGGAUGGCGUGAGGCUCGGCUACCUCAUCAUUAAAGGAAAGCAAAUGUUUGCCCUCUCCCAAGUCUUCACGGAUCUGCUGAAAAACAUCCCGAGGACGACCGUGCACAAGCGCAUGGAUCAUCUGAAAGUGAAAAAGCACCACUGCGAUCUGGAGGAGUUGCGGAAACUCAAGGCAAUCAACAGCAUCGCCUUCCACGCCGCCAAAUGCACGCUCAUCUCCCGGGAAGACGUGGAAGCGCUCUACACCUCCUGCAAAACUGAGCGCGUCCUCAAGACCAAGCGCAGGAGGGUCGGCCGGGCCCUGGCCACAAAGGCGCCGCCGCCAGGGCGCGCCGCCGCCGCCGNUCAUCACCACCACCACCACCACCACCGCCGCCGCCGCCGCCGCCGGGCCCAGCUGCCGCAGCCGAGCCACCACCCCCCCCAUCACCACCGGCCGCAGCCCCAUCUGGGCAGCUUUCCCGAGAGCUGCAGCAGCGACUCCGAGUCCAGCUCCUAUUCGGACCAUGCCGCCAACGACUCGGAUUUUGGCUCCAGUGUGUCCAGCUCCAGCAACUCUGUGUCCUCGGAGGAAGAGGAGGAGGAGGGCGAGGAGGAGGAGGAAGAGGAGGAGGAAGAGGAGGAGGGGGGCAGCGGGGCCUCGGAUUCCAGUGAAGUCAGCUCGGAGGAGGAGGAGGAGGACUCGUCCACGGAGUCGGACUCUAGCUCCGGCUCCAGCCAAGUGUCAGUGCAGAGCAUCCGUUUCAGGCGCACCAGCUUCUGCAAGCCUCCCAGCGUGCAGGCGCAGGCCAACUUCUUGUACCAUCUGGCCUCCGCCGCCGCUGCAACCAAACCCGCUGCUUUCGAGGAUGCCGGCAGACUUCCCGACCUCAAGAGUAGUGUCAAAGCGGAGUCGCCCGAGGAGUGGAAUCUGCAGAGCUGGGCCCCCAAAGCGUCUCCGGUGUACUGCCCGGCCAGCCUGGGGAGUUGUUUCACAGAGAUAAGGAACGAUAGGGUAUCUGAGAUUACAUUCCCACAAUCUGAAAUUUCCAGUAUUGUAAAGAGAACUGACCUGACAAUUAACUGCCUAGCGGAGGGGGCCUCUUCACCUAGCCCAAAGACAAACAAUGCAUUUCCACAACAAAGAAUACUCCGAGAGACGAGGAAAUGCCUACAAGCAACUCCUACUACACACUGUGCAGAUAACAACACAAUAGCUGCUAGGUUCUUAAAUAAUGAUUCUUCCAGAGCAGCAGCAAAUUCAGAAAAAGAUUCCAAAAUCCCUCAUUGUACUGAAUUUGCUACGGAUUUGCCCUCUUCUUCGCCAACUUAUCCCGAGGUGGAUACAGCAGCAGUAGCAGCAACAACUAAAGCCGAGAAUCCCUGUACUGACACGGGCGACAGGACAUUGCCGUUUCUGCACAAUAUUAAAAUCAAAGUAGAAGACAGUAGUGCUAAUGAAGAAUAUGAACCUGACCUUAUUACAAAUAAGCUAAAGUGCGAGUGCAAUGAUACAAAGGGUGAGUUUUACAGUGUGACUGAAAGUAAAGAGGAGGACGCCUUGUUAACUACAGCCAAGGAAGGUUUUGCAUGCCCUGAAAAAGAAACUCCUUCCUUAAAUCCACUGGCUCAGAGUCAGGGCCUUUCAUGCACUUUAGGUUCUCCAAAACCUGAGGAUGGGGAAUAUAAAUUUGGUGCCAGGGUGAGAAAAAAUUACCGGACACUGGUACUGGGAAAGCGACCUGUACUUCAGACACCUCCAGUCAAACCAAAUCUGAAAUCAGCUAGAAGUCCUCGUCCUACAGGUAAAACUGAGACACAUGAAGGAACACUGGAUGAUUUUACAGUUAUAAACAGACGCAAAAAGGUAGCCAGCAAUGUAGCAUCAGCAGUGAAAAGGCCAUUUAAUUUCAUGGCAAAUUUUCCUUGUCCACCAUCACUCAUUAUUGGGAAGGAUGGGGAUUUGUGGCCGGCGUAUUCCUUAAACACCACUAAGGAUUCCCAACCUCCUCACAAGGCCCAUCCUAUAUGGAAAUGGCAGCUGGGCGGUUCUGCAAUACCUCUUCCACCUAGUCACAAAUUCAGGAAAUUUAAUUCAUAAAAGAGUUUUUGGAAGAUAUUUUCUUGAACCAUACCUUCCUUUUGUUGUAAACUGCACAGGAUGGUUUGUACAAGUCCAUUAAUGUGUUACACCUCUUUUGGAGUCCUGGUUUAUCGCAUUUUGAAGACAGAAAUCGGAUUACUUUUUUUUUCCA